AUGUCCUCCCGUUCCCUUUACCGCCACCUCACAUCCACGACCACCCAGACAUUUCAUUGUUCGAGCCGGCCUUGCAAACUACCAGUCCACCUCCCUUCCACACCACACCUUUCCCACCGCUGCAAUAUCACCACCGCCGCCCUCUCCGACCAGCAAAUUGCCUCCCUUCGCGCCAACUCAACCCGCCUCUCCAGCCUGAUCCACUCAACCGCCACCCAUGGCGCCGCAAACCGCUACGGGUCCCACCCAGACGAGACAGGGCUAACCCGCCUCGCUCUCUCCCCAGCCGACAGGCUCGCGCGCGACUGGUUCGUCGCUGAGACGAAAUCCUUGGGUUGCGAGGUCACGGUUGAUGCUGUUGGGAAUAUCUUCGCUGUGCGUCCUGGAAUUGCCAGCAAGGAGAACGGAGGGAAGGGGGAGAGGCGACCGGCUACAUUCGCGGGCAGUCACCUCGACAGCCAGCCCACAGGCGGCCGAUACGAUGGCGUACUGGGUGUCUGCGCUGGCGUAGAGAUUCUGCGCGUGUUGGAGGAGGAAGGGAUCGAGACGCGCGGGGAUGUCGGCGUAGUGAAUUGGACGAAUGAGGAGGGGGCGCGAUGGGGGGUUAGCAUGAUGGGGAGUGGGGUUUGGAGCGGCGCGAAUGAUCUCGAUGAGGUCUGGGCGCUGCGGGAUCAGUUGGAUGGUGCUGGCAAUGAAGGGAGGGGCAGGACAGUAAAGGAGGAGUUGGAGGCCAUUGGCUAUCUUGGUUCACAUCCUGUGGGGGGGGAGGACAGGUUUCACAUGGCGGCACACUUCGAGCUCCAUAUUGAGCAGGCGCGUAGAUUGGAGGAGUUGAGAAAGAACGUGGGUGUGGUGAAGGGUGUGCAGGGCUACACGUGGCUGGAUGUGGUUGUCAAGGGGAAGCAGUCGCACGCCGGGACCACGAGGUUUGAGUAUCGCGCGGAUGCGCUGUUUGCGACGAGUCGGAUGAUCAGCACGGUGAGGGCGAUUGCAGUGGACAUGAAUGCAUUAGCAACGGUAGGCACGCUCGAGCUGAGGGGUGGCGCCAGUAUCAAUACCGUUCCUGGGGAGGUGCACUUUACGAUCGAUCUACGCCAUCCGCAUGCUGGGAAGCUUGAACAGCUGACGAAGCGGGUGAAGAGAAUGCUCGUUGAAUUCGCAGACAAAUAUUCGACGAAGGUUCAGACAGAUACGCUCUUUCAUAAUCCGCCGACGAUCUUCGACAAGCAAGCUAUGGCGUGCAUUGCAGAAUCAGCGCAAGCAGUCAUGGGGACGAAGACAGUGCCGGAGCUGACGAGCGGAGCGGGACACGAUAGUGUGCAUACGUCGAAGCAUUGUCCCACGGCGAUGAUCUUUGUGCCAUGUAAGGAUGGGUUGAGUCACCAUCCAGAAGAGUUUGCGACGGAGGAGGCAAGUGCAGACGGGGCGAGUGUGCUGUUGCAGGCUGUUGUAAGGUGGGAUCGGCAGAGAGGUGACUUGGGCGAUUAA